AUCGCCGACAAGGGCGCUGUGCGCACGUUUACGUUUAUAUACGCGCGUGACAAUUAUACCAAUCGGAUAAGUGCAUUUUCUCUCCCUCUCUUUCUCUCUCGUUCUCAGUGUUUCUCGUAUAUGAAGCAGGUGUCUUUGGAGAUUUGUCAUCGUCUCGACUUAUACGCAAGAGGACGAGGCUGGACUAAAGAGGUGCCAAAUACUCAGUUGAAUAUUGACAUUCCUGUCAGCAUCUAAAAAAUGAUAAACUCCACCGCUCUGUGUUUAUUAAUUAUUUUAAUAUUGGGCAUUAUCAGUUACGGAGGAGGAGCACUUCGCGUACGACGUUUGAUCGGUGGAGCAGUCGCUUCCAAAUCUGAAUUUCCUUAUCAGGUAGCCUUAAACUACCCCAACAAUACGCACAUCUGCAGCGGUGUGCUUAUUAGUGACAGUUACGUGUUGAGUGCGGCGCAUUGUGUAUGCGAUGUGAUAAAGGAACCCUCUGAAGAACUUAACGUACUCAUUGGAAGUGUUGAUUACAGAAAGGGUGAAAUCUAUACUGUCAAGAGUGUCAAAUGUCACCCUGAUUAUGUAUAUGGAGAUAAAAGAUCUUGGGUAGCCGAUCUAGUUGUAAUCAUGCUUACUGAGAAAGUUCACCUAUCAUCUCACGUUAAACCAAUUUCCUUGGCAACUUACAACACAAUCAUUGGAGAACGUGCCGUUAUUAGUGGGUGGGGCAAAACUCACCUAUCAAGUUCGUUGCCGUCACAAUACUUGCGAAAGCUUUCGGUGUCAAUUAUCGACAAUAAAGCGUGUCAAAAGUAUUACAAAAAAAAAAAAAUAAAAAACAUUUUUAUUCUUAGCUCGCAAAUUUGUACAUUGGAAAGGAAAAAUGUUGGCGUCUGUGAGGGUGACAGUGGUGGUCCAUUAGUAUACAAUAAUAAAUUAAUAGGCAUAUUAUCAUGGGCGACACCAUGUGCAAUCGGUUUCCCUGAUGUUUUUAUUAGAAUCAGCUAUUUUACGGAUUUUAUUACACAAGCGAUGCGUGACCUUGAUCAGAGUAAUGAAGCAAUAGUAAAUAUACAGAGUAAUCAAGUAAAGUAA